AUGUCUUCGAUCGCACCUACUGCUGGCGGGCAAUACCACUGGACCAGCGAAUUCGCCCCUCCCUCAAUCCAGCGAUUCAGCAGCUAUGUCUCCGGAUGGUUAUCGUCGCUCGCUUGGCUCGUCGGCGUCGCCAGUGCGAUGUUCAUUGCGGGCAAUCUCAUUCCGACAUUGAUCAGCAUGGGCAACCCCAACUUCGUUCCACAUCCAUGGCAUGGGUACUUGUUUGUCGUUGCGAUCUGCCUAUUCUGCUUCCUCGUCAAUGGCUUCCUGGCAAAGCACAUUCCGCUGCUCGAAGGCUUUGUUUUGUGUUUUACAAUCAUGGCGUUCGUAUCAAUCGUCAUUGUCUAUCUGGUUCUCAGCCCGAAGCUGAGCGGAAGUGAAGUGUUCCAGACAUUCACUCCGCAAUCAGAACUUGGCUCAGUGGGCACUUUGGAGCUGGUAUCUGCGCAAGUUCUAAUAUUCUACUCUUUCGUGGCAUCUGACUCGACGGCCCACUUAGCAGAAGAGACCCAGCAUGCCGCCAUUGUCAUUCCAAGAGCAAUGGUUUGGUCCUACGCCAUCAUUGGUCUCCUCGACUUCGUCAUGCUGCUGGUCGUCUGCUUCACCUGGGUUGCACCUGACGUCUAUGCUGCGCCGACGACGGGCUAUGCUUUCCUGGAUCAGCUCAUCACAGCGACUGGAUCGUCGAAAGGUGCUGUUGCUAUUGCUGCCGUCUUUGUCGUCUUGAUCAUUUUCAGUGUCACCAACUUCAUGGCUUCUACGUCUCGACAAGUCUUCGCUUUCGCGCGAGAUAAUGGACUGCCGUUCUCGAGAUGGAUCGCCAAAGUCGACCCGCGGACACUCACGCCGAUGAAUUCGCUGGUUGUCGUCCUGGUCUUUACGAUCUUGAUCUGCUUGAUUGGCCUGGGGAGCACUGUGUAA